AGACAGCAUGAGCACAGCUGGCAACAAUGGCGAUGGCAAUCAUCAAAAUAGAGAAAGUAUCGAUCCCGAUGACCUCUGGAAGAUCCAAAAGAGUCAGAAUUUCAGAGCUUCGACAAAAAGGAACUCCUCAAGAGCAAUCAGCCAACUUAGGAUACCUAAAAAUACUCAAAAAAGUCAGCCAAAUCCUCGAUACAUGGUAAAUAAUAAUGUAAAUUCCAGAUAUCAUCCAAGCAGAUCGUCACUUCACAACAAAAGAGCCUUAACGACUCGUGAUAUUACCAAAGCUCUGAGCCAGGGCCAACAAAGAGGCCCCUUUACUUACCAAGAUUACAAGGAAAAAUGGGACCGAAUCAAAUCAAAAGAUGGCAAAAUAAUAAGAGGCUUCCUUGAGCCGUACAAAGCCAAACAUCAGGAACCCUCCAGAGUUAAAACACAUUGGGAUUAUGUCCUAGACGAAGUAGAAUACAUGUACAUUGACUUCAAGGAAGAGCUAAAAUUUUAAAAAAUCCCUCGCUUCCAAAUUCAUUCACGAAAUCUCUAAUUUCCCUCAAAAUAGAACUAAGAAUGCUAAAAACAAGGAACUGUGAAGGCGGCUGAAGAGUAUUCAGAUGGGCUCAAUGAUUCAAUCGACCUUUAGUAAGAUCAAAAAUAACAACAGACUUGACCUUAACCCUGAAAUUUUGAUGAAUAUCAAUGACACAAUUAGGAAAAAUGACUUUCACUACCAACUUAGUGAAUCAAGGAUUAAUACUCUAAAGGCAGAAUAUGAUGAAACAGCUUUUAAUACCAAUGGAGAAAAUAUGGGUUCUAGUCAUCAAUCAGUUCUAAAUCCAGAAACCCAGGUUAAAGAAGAGCAAAUCACAUUUGGUGAAGAGCACCAACAGGAUGAGUUAAUGCCAUUACUCAAUAGAAUAGAUCCAGAGCAUUUUACAGUCCAGGAUUUUGACGAAACUCAAGAAAAUAAUAAUGACUCUGAUAAUCAGGAUUACUACUACCCCAUGACUACAAACGAUACAGAAGCUCUUCUCGGAUCAGAUAAUCUUGAUGGAGGAAUAAGAGAUAUUGAACUUGAACUUCUUCCAAGUUUUUAUAGAUCCAACUCAUCAGACAAUUCGAUUCAAAAAGCAAAGAACUUCCUGAUUUCACAUCAUUUGGUCAAUCAUGAAAAAGACAUUAAUGUUAUGAGGGGUCCUUUUAUCAAAUAUAAGAUUAAAUGUGUCGAGAAUGAGGAAGAGCUUGGGGGAGACAAUGAUGACCUUGUUAUUGAAUAUGUACAAGAUAAAAUAGACCAAGAAAUAAAAGAUAUUUCUGAGUUAUUUACAGAAGCCCCAAUAAAUCCUCAAAAUAACUCACCAGAUGCUGAUUCUUGCCAAAAAUCAGUCCUUUGAAAUGACCCUCCUCUUCCUUACCAAAUCCCAACCAGAAAACUACCUCCCAUCUUAACCACCAAACAGCCCUCUCCAAUCUCAAUAACCGCUCUAAUAACCGAAAAAUACCAAAAUCCCUCAAAACACCCUUCCUGACCUGGUCGAAAACGCAAAAGAAACCAGAGCCCUGCCCCUCGGGCUCCUUUCCCACUCAAAAAACCUAGACCCUCCUCUCCAGAUCUUUGUCUCCUCGAAAUCACUGCUAAUGACUCAGAAUACCGCAAAAACACCUUCAAAACCUACUGAAAGCUACUAAAAUUUGUUAACCAAAUCAAAGCCGAUCCUUCAGUGCCUCCUAGCACUGUCAAGCAGUACGAAUUCAGACUAAGUAAAGGCCUUUUAACCAAUUUUAACAAAGACCCACAGUCAAAAUUCAAAAUGAUAGUUGACCUUUACGGCAAGGACAGAGGCCAGUUCCUCGAAAAACGCAGACUUCUUUCACUGUUUCAGACUGUCUGGGGUGCUGAACAUCACUGGAAUAAGGUCUCUAGAGAGACUAUUAACCGGACACCUCUGGAGUUGAUGGAAGCAGCUCAACAUUUUGUACAAGAAAUCCCUGAAGGAAAUAACCAAAUGCCCAAGGAAAUCUGGAAGAAUUUGAGGACUGUUAUUGAGAAAUAUGAAGAAGCAGAGAGGGAGCAGGAGGCAAAGGCCACUCCAAAGAGGAAGUUCUUGAGGCUACUUAUGAAACCUUAUAAUGAACUACAUCCAGUUGAACGACUUGAAUUGUACCAGAACGAAGCUAAUAUCUACGAGGGAGUUCCACUAGAAAAUAACUUCAAACGAAAUCUGAUUCUUUCAUAUCAAUGGAAGAAGAUGGAAACUUCGUGGUUUCAAGAAAACAUGUCUUCUCAUCCUUGAUUGAAAAAGCCUUUCAACGAUCCUGAGAUUGAAGCAGAUUUAAAAGGCUUAAUGGAAAAGAUAAUUAUCAUUCAGCAACAUAGCCAGGCAAGAAAUGAUUCCCACUCUACUCGGAAUCUUCAUCAAAGCCAGAAAUAAAUUCUGUUCUUCCAUGAGUGUCCAUAUCCCUGAUAAUUACUUUUUAGAC